CUCACAGUGAAGCCGGCAGCAGCAGCAGACGCUUGCGGGCUCCUGGUGCUUUAAAGUGGCUUCAGAGUCGACGCAGCGCCGGAUUAGAGCUUGUUUUCCUUCCCACACACCGGGGCAGAGGAGCCUGUGGAGCCGGACUGAGGCUGAGAGGGGGAGGAGGAGCCGCAGAGCUGCACGCCGGACUCGGAGUUGAUUUAGCGCAGGCGAAAGAGGGGCUGCAGCCGGAGACUUUACGAUCCAAACCCGCGGAGCCACAACCACAUUUGAGGAUCCCCGCUGCUGGAUUUGUUCCUCCUCUUCCUCUUAGUGCCUAAACGGAACCUCGACAAGUUUCCGUAAAUCAAAUGUAAACCUUCCGCCAGAGAAACACAGUUACAUUUCUAAUCAAUACUGAUCAAUAAAGCCACAGUCUGAUCAGUUUCACAUCGAUUUUCUGCUUGAGUGGCGGGACCCGGAGCACAGAAGAACUCUGCCACGCGCGCGCGCGCGCGCACACACACGGCGGCAUCACCGGAUUCUACUUGUGAAACUGCACGGAGGAUCGAUGGUGUCUUUGUGAUCGAUAAGCAGAGUGUGUGAUCAGUUUGGGAUCUGCAGGGUCAGUGCGCACAGCCCACACACACGGAGCGACGCAGUCCGGCGGCGGAGCGACUGGACGUCCCGGAGCUGGGAGCAGCAGACAGGCGGAGGAGCGGAGAGGAGGUGGCGCUCCUCUCUGUGUCCGGGACAGCACCGCGACUCUCUCUCUCUCUCCCCCUCUCUCUCCCGCAGCGUCUCCUCCUGCUCCAGAUAAAUUAACGGAAAGCAGCUGUCGGCUGGUUCAGAGGCGAGGCGGCCGUCUGGCAGCUCAGGGAUCCCGUUUUGCCUUUUUUUCUGUGCUCCUCUCGGCUCUCUUUCCCCGGGACUCCGCCGACAGCGCCGCUGCGGCUGCACCGCGCCCUCCGCACCGCCGCUCGCCGGCCACAGCGCGCCGCAGGACGGACAGACAUGUUGCCGAGGUCCUUCGGCCGCCGCGGCUCUCCGGCGCUUUGAUAUGCACUUUGGGGACGUUUUGGAGGUUUGCACCGUCCACCAGCACCGGCCGCUCUCGCCUCAGCCUGCACAGCACGCCGGGCUUCCUGUGAUUUUUCACAUUUUCAGCUUUUCUGACGGGACUUUUCUCUUGUUGCUGGAGAUGUUCUUGGUGUCUGGGCUGAAAGUUGUGCGCUCCCCGGCGGAGGGCCUCUAACAGGUCCGGACAGUGCAUGUAACCCGAGGCAGGGUCAAAGUUCAGCCCUGCCUGGAAAUGUGAAAGCGAGCGGGGCUAAAGGAGGGCUCCGCUUCCCCUCUCUCGCUCCCCGUCCUUCUUUUUUCUGUUCUUUCUUUUUUCCACACACAGAGACACACACACACCCCACACACUGCGCACACGCACGCGCACACACGCAGGCUGGAGUUACAGUAACCCCCCCACACACACAUAAACACACACACACCUUCCAGAUCUAAGAUUAGAUCCGACAGAUAUGUAUUCUCCGCUAUGUUUAACACAGGAUGAAUUCCAUCCUUUCAUCGAAGCCCUGCUGCCCCACGUCCGGGCCUUCGCCUACACCUGGUUCAACCUGCAGGCCCGCAAGAGGAAGUACUUCAAGAAGCACGAGAAGCGCAUGUCCAAGGAGGAGGAGCGCGCCGUGAAGGACGAGCUGCUCGGCGAGAAGCCCGAGGUCAAGCAGAAGUGGGCGUCGCGCCUCCUGGCCAAACUGCGUAAGGACAUCCGUCCCGAGUUCAGGGAGGACUUUGUGCUGACGGUGACGGGGAAGAAGGCGCCGUGCUGCGUGCUGUCCAACCCCGACCAGAAGGGCAAGAUGAGGAGGAUCGACUGCCUGCGCCAGGCGGACAAAGUGUGGCGGCUGGACCUGGUCAUGGUGAUUUUAUUCAAAGGGAUUCCCCUCGAAAGUACUGACGGGGAGAGGCUGGUAAAGUCUCCUCAGUGUUCCAACCCCAGCCUGUGCGUGCAGCCGCAUCACAUUGGAGUUUCAGUCAAGGAGCUGGAUCUCUACCUGGCCUACUUCGUGCACGCAGAAGCCGGCCAAUCAGAGAGCCCCAACCAGGCCAGCGAAUCAGAUAUCAAGGAGCAGCCAGAGAACGGUCAUCUUGGUUUUCAGGACAGCUUUGUGACGCCCGGUGUCUUCACGGUGGCCGAGCUGGUACGAGUCUCACAGACACCCAUCGCAGCCGGAACUGGUCCAAACUUCUCCCUGGCAGACCUGGACAGCUCCUCCUACUACAGCAUGAGUCCAGGAGCCAUGAGGAGACCGCUGCCCAGCACCUCCUCCUCCAGCUCCGCCAAGAGGAUAAAGUGCAUGGAGGAGGACGUGGACAGUCCAGGUGAGGAGUCCUACUACCCCAGUCAGGGUCGGUCUCCGGGCAGCGGCAGCCAGGCCAGCAGCUGGCACGACGUGGAGCCAGGAAUGCCGUCGCCCGCCGGCGCUCUAAAGAAGUCAGAGAAGUCUGGUUUCUGCGGCGCCGCACCUUCCCCGAGCGGCGCCUCCUCCGCCUCCACCUCCUCCUCUACUUCUUCCUCCUCUUCCCCCCGAACGGCUUUCACACACCAUCACCGGCCCGUCAUUACCGGGCCUCGAGCGAGUCCCCACGCUCCCCCGUCCAGCCUCCACUUCUCUUCCUCCCCCAUCCUGCAGCAGCCCGGCUCCUACUUCUCCCACCCAGCCAUCAGGUAUCACCCGCAGGAGACGCUCAAGGAGUUCGUCCAGCUGGUCUGUCCUGACUCCGCCCAGCAGGCCGGACAGGUGGGCUUCCUCAAUCCUAACGGUAGCUCCCAGGGGAAGGUCCACAAUCCUUUCCUGCCGACGCCCAUGCUGCCUCCCCCUCCGCCUCCCCCGAUGGCGCGGCCCGUCCCACUGCCCGUCGACGCAAAGCCGCCCUCCACCUCCUCCACCGAGGGAGGAGGCAACUCCCCCACCUCACCUACCUACUCCACCCCCACCUCAUCUCCAGCCCAGCGGUUUGUCAGCGUCGGACCCAGAGACCCCGGCUUUAACAUCCCCCAGCAACCACAGUGGUACCUGGGAUAAAGACUCCAGAGGCCGCUACCCCCUCCGCCCACCUGUACGACAGAUCGCUGCAGCCUCCUGCUCCACCUAUGACCUUUGAUGCCAGCUGCGACGGGGUCCUGUCUUGCCCUAUCCCUACGACCUUCCGCCUCCUCCCUCCCUGCGCCUGACUCCGCCCCCACCAGCGCCGUACACAGACUCCGCAGCAUCAGCAUGGCUACAGCGGAUCAAACGCGACCUAACCCUGGUGUUAAACACCCACUCUGAAAACUGUACGUCAUAGAGUUCCCUGUAGACAUAUGGUUGAUAUGUCGAUGUCCACAUAUAGUGCCAGACCCUGCCCUGCCCUCCGUCCUCACCCCCAAACCCAGCUGAGAAAUUUGUCGGGGGAUCGAACUUUCAAGUUGUUGGGAACGCUGUUAGACUGCAUCACAGAGGUUCCCCUCCAGAGAAACUACAUAAACACUCUCCCAUCAUCCUCUGCAGCGUGUGCAUCCAGUGGACUCACGGCAGGACAUCGCCCUCGCCGCACCCCUGUCCGACCCCUCAACCUGGUGUGUCCCGAUAGCUUGGGGUUGGUUUGGUUGGUGGGAUAGGACAACAUGCACCAUGGUGGGAAGAAAGAGGAGGUGUUACCUGGCUCGGAUACCACCAGAUAAUGCCCCCGGCAGCCCCACCUGAGCCCUCGCACAUCUCUGGGGAUGGACUCCACCCCCACUUGGCCCCACCCCAUGGUUGGUGGCAAGUCAGAGGGGAAGGAAGUCAGCAAGGCUCUUUCCAAGGACAUGGACCGGUGGUUAAUGGAAAGACCUGACCUGAUGGGGAGGUGGUGCGGGCGCAAACAGACGCCCUGCCUGUUUCACAGUAAUAACAUGAACCACACACGGAGGGGUGGGGGGUUGUGAUGGGGGAGGUCAGGUAAAGGUGGGUUUAUGAUGCUGGGGAAGCAGGGGUUUGUUGAUGUGAAGUGUUGUGACCAGAUGCUGGUGGAUCCAAGCUCGUUCAUGUGGGAGGCUUUGGCUUCAUGGCUCAUUGAUUUUUCUCUCUUAGCUGUCAUUCCAGCCGGUCCCCUCCUCUUCCUCCUCGAUCCAUCCACCAGUCUGGGUGAAGCUACAGCAUGCUGAGGGUGGGCAGAAAGCUGAGUGACGAAAACUUUACCAGUGGAAUAUUGAUCACGAGGAAAGUGCAAUUUUGUUGGCUAGCUGUUGGAUAGCUAAAUAUCUUUGUAAGAUAGCUCGUUGAAAUCAGUUGAUGAAAAGUAUAUAUAAAAUAUAUUUUUCUUCUUAGUCCGCUCACACCUCUGGGACUCUAAAAUACUGGGGUACAAAAGACAACAACACAGCAUUGAACUAGAAACCACAGCCUUGUGAGAAAUAAGGGGAGCUGUAUUCACAUUAUUGUUUAUUAUUGUUGUUUGUUCAUCUUGUAAAGAUGUUAGCAUGGUAGGACAAGAAUCCCUUUAAGAAAUAUCAUUUUAAACAAUCAACUCGUUAAAGCAUUUCUUGCAGCCGAAGUCUGAAUUUCAUUGUGUUUAGAAGAAAAAACGCUAAGCGAUUAAGUUAUUUUGAUGAGCACAUCAUUUUACUUUAAAAAGAAAAAAAGCUAUUUGAAUUUCUCAUAAGGUGAAAUCAGGAGAAAAUAUAACAAGUGAAUUUAAUUUUCAAAGUAAUCGUGUUUUCUCUGGUUUCUGUUGGCGAGAUAAUCUCUUAACGGGUGCCGCCCGGCGACGGGCUGCCCACUGAUUGGCUGGCUCUCCUAGAGGUCCCAUCCAAUCACAAGCACUUAUUCCUGCAGUUGGCCAAUGGGCUGUGAGUGUAAUCAGGGGGUGUGGCCUAGCGAUAAAGAGGCAGAGCAGAGGCUCUCUGGAAGCUUUCGUCCACAAAUAGACAAGACAGCCGAGCACUUCACAUGCAACUUACCUUUUUAAUGAACUUCAGUUUUGUUUUUCCUUUCCUAUACUAUAAAUAUAUAUAUAUAAAUAUAUACACAUGUACACACACACACACACACACUUACGACCACCCAGCGUCGAUCAAAAGUGAAUUUAAGUGAAAAAGUUUCAAAAAAAGAACAAAAAAAUCUGCAUGUUCUAGUGUUAGUGACAAAUUUUUCCAUAGAUGAUGUAGUUAGUAAGAUGAAGACACUAUAUUGUAAACCCAACGUCAGGCACUUGCCAGCAGCCGUCUGUUAGUUUGGCCCCGUCAAGGCCUUUUCUAUCGCUCUCCCUCACAAACAACCAGCUCUCUUCGCUUCUCGGCAUCUUUCCAUUCUUUUUAUUUCUACUUCCUUCCCUCCCUGCUUCCUUCCUUUUCCUUCACCAGAAGAUCAGUUCUGCUUUUAAGUUUCAAGAUGUUCUUACUUUAUCAAAUUGCACGAAAACAACUGUUCCUCAUCAAUGUGCCUUGAGCUACGGUCCAGUCCCGAGAGGUUGCACAACAUCCAUUGUGGAGAGUCUUGUUUUAUUGUUGCUUCCUUUUUCGUUUAUUUUCUUAUUUUUCCUCCACCCUCCACUGCUGAGAUUUUGUAGAUUACUGGAGCAAUGAACAUUAAGGCGUUAAAGCUGAAGAGGAACGCUGGGAUUCCCAGACUUACUCGCUGCUGGGGUCUCAGUGUGAGGAAGUCUCAGGGUGCGCUGCACUGCCUUGUGGCCCCCCUGCCUGCAGCGCAGCGUGGAGACCUCACAGGUGAAACCUGCACCAGCUACAGUCAGGUUAACCGUCUCCAGAUCUCCGCCGACAGAUUGCAACACAGUGAAAUUCUGUGAAAUGAGCAGCGAGUCAUUGGUCAUAAUGUUUGCAGGAACAAUGUGAAGAUCAUGUUCAUCUGCAAUGCGAAUCUCAUGUGACCACAGAUGAGGUUACAGGAAACUGGCGAGUAAAACACUAAAACUUCGACUGUUGAGUUUAGCAGCUAAAACAGUUUGGGUUAGCAAACAGCUCAGUUUACCUCCUGGUCACUAAUAGUUUGUUUAAAAUGUGCUUACGGUUCAUUUUACACGCUGAGGGUGUUUGCUUCAAGUCAGCUUGCAGUUCAGUUUAGCAGCCAACAGUUUGCAAACUGUUCAGCUAAAAUAAAAACCUAAAUUUGCGAUAAGACUAAAAUAAUAGCGCUUACUGUUUAUGACACAAUUCGUACGUCCAUGAGAUCAGACUGAAACGUUUCUGUUACUUUUCCUGUUGUUUGCAGAUGAAGACUUCGUACUCAUUUCACUGAAUUUAGUGUUGCCAGGCUCUUGAUAGAGCAGAUGGGGUUUGUAACGGCUCACUGGCUGGUAGAUUAGUUUAUUUAACCGUGUUUACACCCGUCCCUGAUAUCCUGUCGUUAGUCUGAAGGUUUUUACUUCUUUUGCUGCAGUCUCCAAACAGCAAAAUCUUUGAUUUUCAAGUCUUCCUGAUUUAAUUAUCGCUUUGUUCAUUCUUUUAUUUUUUUUCCCAGAAAUUAUUAACGAGGAUAUAAAAUAUGCAAUAUGUGCUUGCACUCUCUUUUUGUUGGGUUUUUACCUUUUCUUUACUUUCAACCAAAGUUGGCGUGCACGUGACUGGCAGCGUGCUCCGUGGUCGGUCCCUAAAGAUGGUGAAGCCAGCCCUGCAGCGACGCUCCAGCCAAGCUGGGCCUCCGUCGCUCGGGGAAUUCUACUUCCUCCCUCCUUCCUCCCCGUUUUGAUAAUCUACCAGACGGCUGCAAUACCACAUUCGGGUCUCCUCUUCCUAAAGAUUUUUUAUUGCUUUGGUCACAAGCAAGCCUUAAACAAGUCCAACUUCUUCUCCAUCGAGCGGAAAACAGUUUAUCAGAAACAUUGUUGAUGACGUCCAGUAUUUUAACCACGCUCCACCCUGCUUGGCAGAGGUUUUAGCGAAUUAAUUGUUUACCUGUUGUGUGUCCAGUCCAUCUGUUAAAUCAAGCGGGCAGCGACGUGACGGCGUCGGCUGCGGCUGCGGUGGUUUAGUAGUUCCACUUGUGUGGGUUGUGUUUCCUCUUAGUGUGACAUGUUUGUUUUGUCUCUGUUCUUGCCUACCCUUUAGCCAUGAGUUGGGCAUUACUUCCGUAAUUAUCUGCACUAAAUAUGAAAUAAAUGACAAUAGUGAAAAAAUAUUUCAUGAAAAAAAUACAGCUUCCAGGGCUUAAAAAGAGCGAAGGGAAUAAAAAAAUUGCACGGACAUUUUUUUAAGUGUCACAAAAACCUUGUGAAACAGCCUAGCAUCUAAUCAGCGACUUUUGGCUGUGUGUGUGUAAGAUAACGACAAAAUUGCACCCUUUUUAAAGAAAGAAAAAAUGAAAAAGAAUAUAAAGCAAUAGUUUGGGCAGCGUGUUUUUUGUUCUUGUGUUGUGUGUGUAAUUUAGUUCUGGUACAGCAGCGAAGAGACGCAGAGAAGAGUUGGUUCUUAACGGACGGGAGGGCAGCAGGGCCAUUCGGCCUGACCGGGAGACGUGUUUGUAUGUUGUAUAGUUUUAUUAAUUACACUGAUUUAAAGCUGCCCUAUUUUAUAAUGCAGGACUUUUGUAACAUUGAUUAAAUGAGGAAAAACUAGUGUUGUGAAUUUUCUGAUUGUUUGUAUCGAGGCCACAUUACUAGAACUGGUUUGGUUUGUUUUCUGGGAACUGGAUUUAAGUUGAAAACUUUCCUGUUUCCUUAUUCUCUUUAUUUUUUUCUCUGUUUGCUUUCCUUUUUGUAUGUAUUUAAGGGUAUUUCCUCUUUUGAUGGUAUAGCAUAUUCCUGUACUUAAAAGUAUAGGGCGCUGUGGUGAUAAGACCAUUGUAAAUGGAUGUUACAGUAUGCUGUAUGUUUUGAAGGUUAUUUGUUGCAUCAGUGUUGAUGAUGAAGCUAAAUCUGAGUCAUUCUGAGGAAAAUUGGUAAGAAAAGCAAGCUUUUUUAAAAUGCAUUUUAAAAAUUUAGUUUUAGGCAGGAGACAAUGACAUAGCCAGCCAAAGGAUGCCCCUACUAUAAAUGCAUCUCGGCAUCUUUUUUUGUGUUCACCAUUCCAUGCAGGAAAAUAAACAGCUUGAUUAUGCAACAUGA